AUCGGGAAUGUUCCGGUUUCGAAAUGCCUUUUUCCGCUUGCCGGAGCUCCAGCUAAGCCACGUUUUGGCUGUGAGAUACUGAAAUUCUUCGAUUUGAGACCGUAUAAAGUCGAUUUUCGACUGAAACUCACCAGUCAUGGGUCGUGUGCGUACCAAGACCGUCAAGAAAGCCGCUCGUUUGAUGAUCAACAAGCACUACACCAAGCUGACGCUCGAGUUCCACACCAACAAGCGGGUGUGCGAAGAAAUCGCGACAAUUCCAUCGAAACCUCUCCGCAACAAAAUUGCUGGCUACGUCACCCAUUUGAUGAAGCGAUUGGAACGCGGACCGGUUCGGGGCAUCUCCAUCAAGCUUCAGGAGGAGGAAAUGGAGCGCAGAGACAACUACGUUCCCGAUGUCUCAUGCCUCGAGCGCGAUACUCUCGAAGUUGAUAGCGACACCGUCGACAUGCUGAAACUUCUCGACAUGGCGGAAAUUCCCGGCCUUCAAACGAUCGGUGUCCAAAACAACGGCUACCGUCGCUAAUGUGCAGAGAAAUAAAAAGUCGACCGGAUGUGUGACGGGAUCUUUCUGU